AAUUUACUGUUUAUAUGAAAAGACGCAUUUCUAAUGGAGAUUUUACAAUAUUCCCUUAUUGCAUUCAUUUUUACGGCCUCUGAUCCUAAAUUGGAUGGAUGAAUCCUCGCUCCAGCAUCGAUAUUGAAUCAGUUGCAAAGAUAACUGUGGAAAUAUGCAUGAGGGUGGGAAAUUGUGGAGCAACAGCUUGGAGGGUCACAGCAGUGAUCAUGAAGAGGAGAUGAUGUUUAUAGAGAAUGACGAAGACUCAGAGGAGAUGAUGGACUUGAGUGAACUGCCUACAGCUCUGUUUGCCUGCAGCGUGCACAAGGCGGUGUUUGAGGAGGACAGACAGCGGGAGAGGUUUGAAGCUCUGUUCAGGUUCUACGAUGAUCAGACAUCGUUCCAAAUGUUCAAGAGUUUCAAGAGAGUUCGGAUCAUCUUCAGCACUCCAGAGGCUGCUGCACGUGCACGCAUCGAGCUCCACGAAUCCGAUUUCAACGGAACUAAACUAAAACUCUUCUUUGCACAAGUACAGAAUUCAGGGGAGGAUGUGGACAAGACAUACCUGGCCCCGCCUCAACCUGUCAAGCAAUUCCUCAUCUCUCCAUCUGCAUCCUCGUCUGUGGGGUGGAGCCAGAGUGAGGAUGCCACACCUGUGAUUAACUAUGACCUGCUGUGUGCUGUGGCCAAACUAGGACCAGGUGAGAAGUACGAGCUGCAUGCAGGUACAGAGUCCACUCCUAGCGUGGUGGUCCACGUGUGCGAGAGUGAAAUUGAGGAAGAGGAGGAAGCUCGGCCCAAAGCAAAAAUCAUUCAGACCAGACGCCCUGACGGUUCCCCAAAAGUCUUCAACUAAGCCUGUUGACAUACUGCACACGAUCUAUCUCUCUCUCUCUCUCUCCUCUCUCUCUCUCUGUCUCUUUCUCUGACCAGGGAAAGAUACGCUUUAUUUCAACAACAAAAAAAGCAAAUCUUAGAAGUGGGCUGCAUUUGGAGGGGUGCUCAAUGCACUUGAGGCUGAUGCUGUUCUGAACUGGACUAGUGAAAGGAACACACUGUCUCACCGCUGCCUCACGGGACAGCCAGGUGGCAAUGAGUUUGCGACCCCCCAACCCCCCCCUCUCACAAUCAUAGCAGUUUUCAUUCCAUCAUUUAGAGUCUUUGUGCUGUAGCAUUACAGAGCAGUAAUAGUAUUUAACUGUUUUAGAGUAGGUUAAAUGUUAACCUUGUUACAGUUUGUCAUCAAAGAAAAAUGCUUUAAAAAAAGAUAGUGGAACCAUUUAUUUCCUGCUUUCUCUGUUUUUAUCUGAUGGCUUUGUCCAAGUUUAUCUCCAUAUCGUUUAGGUUGGCAUACCGCUGAGGGGGUGCGGCUCACUGGGUUUGAGACCCAUGUGUAUUUAUGUCUGUUCGUAACAUACCAGGUGGGGAUAACAAGAUUUUCAAUGAAAAUGACUGUUUAAGGGAUCAAAAGUUGAAGUGUUUCAGUAAUGUUGGUGAUGAUGAGAGAUUUUCUCUCAAGGGUGUUAAACAUGUUUGUUUACUAAGUUAGAUGUGUAUUAUGCUUACUGUGUAUUUGAUAACACGUACAUUUUUGCAUGCUAACUGGCGUAUUUUAUACUCUAUGUUAAAGAUUGAUGCAACUGCUUUUUAGCAUAUCUGACCGCUGUCUUUCAGAAGAAUGAACUGACACUGGAAAGUGAAGACAACAGUUGUCAGGUGUAAAGUUUGACACAGACAUUUUGUACUUAUGUAAUGUUCACUGACAGACAAAAGAAGUUUAUUGAUAGUACAGGAAAAAAGCACAUUGAGUUGGGUUUUAGUUUCUCCUCAGCUGUUUGGCACCAUUCAGCUUUAGCUUUUUCUAGGAAUUUAUAUAGACCUAGAUUUCCAGGCCUGUAAUAGUCAUAAAAAUGAAAGAAAAAUAUCUAAAGUCAUGGAAAAGUAAUGAAAAUGUCGAUUUUUAUAGUUGUGCUGAGCUUUGAUAUAUUUAAUUGGCUAGAACUAGCUUUUUGUCAGUACAAUAUCUAUGAACAAAUUUUAGAAUAUCAUUAUCCAGUAAUAAUGAAUGACUGCAAGUCAUGGAAAUUCAAAGGUGUGGGAACCCUGUGUUUUGGGGACUUUCUGUGCUACUUGCAUUAAGCACUGAAAAUGUUAGGUGUUUCUCAUCUCUGCAUGGGUUUGCUGAGUCAAGACUUUAAUCAGCUGAGGUUACAGGACUAUAUUCUCAUUGUGGACAGUUGCAGAGAAUUGUACACCCCAGCUACAUUUAUUGUAAAGAUUUUCAAGAUUUCUGAUAUUCUUGAUUGUUCUGUGAUCCAUUGAAUCUCAUUUUGUUUGCUGUGAAUAAUCUGUUAUAUUUGGUGUCAAAAGCUUAAGUCAAUCAAAUUUUGUGUAGUUAAAUUUAAAGAUCAUACAUCAAACUCUGAAGACAUAUGAAGUCCAAGUGGGUGUACCAUUGUGGGAAUGCUUGAUGGCUGUCAUUUCAAUGUUCAGCGUUACAGCAAGUUACAUAUUUUGUGUCUUGCUAAUUCUCUUUUUCAGUUUAUUGCCAUUUCAGUUUAUAUAUAUAUAUAUAUAAACAUACACUGUGUUUAUUCAUACCAAAAGAAUUGCGAAUAUUAAAUGCCUCUUGAUGAAUACAUUUGUUUUAAACAAUGUGCUGUAAAUGUUAGGGAGUAAAAUGGUGGUUAAACUAGCCUUACUAAAAGUCACAUUUUAGUAAAAAAUGGGAGAGUCUUGUUAAAGGUAUAGUUCACCCAAAAAUGAAAAUGCUUGCAUCAUUUACUCACUUUCAUCCUAUCCCAGAUGAGUAUGACUUUCUUUCUUCUGCUGA